UUUUUACGGAGUCAAUCCUCAACCCUACUCUGGAUACGACUUGGAUGGUAGAUAUACCACUCCUAAACCUGGAUACAGACUAGAUAUACAGCUCCUAAACCUGGAUACAACCUGGAUAUACAACUCAUAAACCUAGAUACGACCUGGAUGGUAGAUAUACCACUCCUAAAGGAUACAGCCUGAAUAUACAACUCCUAAACCUGGAUACAACUAUAUAUAUAAAAAGUUGGAGAUAUUUCUGCUGCUGAGAUGGCUGAACUAUCAGACAAUGAAUCAAUGAUGUCCUGGAGCAAUGAAUCACGUGGCUCAAAUAUUUCUACAGUGAAUGGGAGUAUUGGAUGUGUGGAGAAUGGGACUUGCUACCGUCUGAACGCCAGUGACUGGUUAGGACCAAUAAACAUGGUGGAACCUAUCUACGGUAUCAUCAUGCCCAUUCUCAUCCUCAUCACCAUUCUCUCAAACACUCUCAUCAUCAUAGUCCUCAGCAGGAAUCAUACAUACUUUAUAUUCCCGGCUCCUUGGUAUAUGUACCUGUACACGAUGGGACACCACGACGACAUGAACUGGGGCCUGGUGUCCUGCUACCUCUUCGAGUUCAUGAUGGAAACCUCACCACAGAUUUUUCACUCGGCUUCCAAUUGGUUGACAUUAGCCCUGGCAGUGCAGAGGUAUAUUUAUGUCUGCCAUGCUUCAAUGGCGAAACAAUGGUGUACAGUACUCAGAUCCCAGGUAUUGGUUGUUGUUAUUGUUCUGGUUUCUCUGCUACAUAUGAUUACAAGAAUGGUGGAUAGAACUUACAAUGUUGUGGAGUUCUUCGAAGAUGGUGAAGAGGUGAUGGCGUGUACAGUACAGUUCUCUGAUUGGUUGAAAUCCAUCUCUCUGAAUGCGUACUUUCUGACCUUCUACUGGUUUCGUGUUAUCUUUGUCCAACUGGUUCCCUGUGUUGCUUUGGUCAUUCUCAACACAUUGCUCUUCUCCGCAAUGAAAAGAGCUGAAAGACGACGACAAAAACUGAUGGCCGGGAAAAUUCGGGCAGCAGCCAAGGCUGCAAAAUCAAAUAGCACUGCAUCGAAUGGUACAGCUAACAAGCGGCAACGUGAUGCUAACAGUACAACCCUCAUGCUCAUCGUCGUCAUAGCGAUCUUCCUGACAGUAGAAAUCCCGCUCAUGGUCAUCACAGCACUUCAUACAAUAUCGUCCAGUUUGUAUGAAUUCCUCAAUUAUGAGCUUGUAAAGAAAAUAAUAGUUUUGAUGAAUGUUGGCUUAUGUCUCUCCUACCCUCUUAACUUCGGAAUAUACUGCGGAAUGUCCAGACAAUUUCGUGAAACCUUCAAGAAUUUGUUCGUGAGUCCGAUUCUCAACUUAAUCCGACCAGCUGGGAGCAAUCAAUCAAUCAUGAUGAAUAGUUUGGGAGUAAACGAGACAAAAAGAGUUGGAGCAUCAAAUGUUACAAGAUUUCAUGAAAAUCCGAAUCAAGCAGAAACUUAUCUGUAAACAUAAUGGUUUUUAAUUGUUUUUUUAAACACACCUGGGACCAGAUUUACGUAGUUAAACUACAUAGAUGUAGUUUAACCACUUUUUUGUACGCUGGUUUAAGAUGAAGAACAUAGUUCAGCUAUUUCUCGAUAUUCAUUAAAUGUACUCCUUGUAUGUUUAAACUUGUCUAUGAUGUAAAAGAAUACAUUUCCAGAUAUAUACAUUUCAACUUAUAAUGAGUUGGUUGAGCUAUCUGGUCCCAUAUUUCAUUACCCAAUCAUCUGGGUUUGAUGAAGUAAUGGUUAGCGUGUUUGAUCCAUAAUUUGAGAAUUCAAGGUUCAAGCCACGUCAACUGCAAAAAUGAAAAAACUGAUGAAGAUUCAGCCAUACUAAUGAUUCCUUAUAUGACGAAACACUGUGUCUAUGUAUGUAAAUAUUACAACUGUUGUCUAUAUAUAUUCUUAAUCACGAUAAAAAAAGUAUUUUUCUAUACAGACAAAACAACAUUGAAAGUUUUCACUAUGGAUAAUGUUUUCACUGUGAAUAAUGUUUUCACUGUAUAUAAUGUUUUCACUGUGGAUAAUGUUUUCACUGUGGAUAAUGUUUUCACU